AUGAAAGUUAUACCUUAAAAAAAAAGGUUUCAAUUAAAAUGGAUUAUUGGUAUAUUACUUAGUUUAUGUAUAAUGAUGAUCAAUUAACUAAAAGAAUAGGAUAAUAAAAAAAAUAUUAUUGAGAAUAAAAAAGAGGUUAAUUUUUCUUAUGAGAUUAUAGAAUCAAAUAUAAAGGAAUAAAAUAUAAAAUGUUCUGUAUUUGCUUUUAAUUAGUAAAAUUCAAUAAUUAUAGCCGGUUGUGAAGAUACUAUUAAAAUAUUUGAAUUUGAUAAUGGAAAUAUAAAUUGUCUACAAACUUUAAAUGGUCAUAAUAACAAUGUUAGUGCUUUAUACUUUAUGAAAAAUUCUAAUGAAUUUAUAUCAGGAGAUAUUUUUGGAUCAAUGUUUUUUUGGAAACAAGUUUAAUACAAUAAAUGGUAGAUGUAAUAAUAAGCUAAAGAACAUACUCAUAUAAUUAAUCAAAUCAUCAUGAAUUCUUAAGAGGAUCUAAUUAUUUCUUGCAGCUAUGAUAAAUCCAUAAUUUUCUGGAAUUUUGAAAAAGUAUGGAAAAUCAAAAAAAUAAUAAAGGAACAUAAAAGUUUGGUUUUGAGUCUUAGUUUAAAUGAAAACUAAAAUUAAUUAAUAUCUUGUGAUAAUGAUGGAACCAUAUUGGUGUUGAAUAAACAGCCCAACAACGAUUGGAUAGUAAUUUAAAACAUAAGAGUAAAACCUCGAUAUAAAUUAACUUUUAUAGAUAUUAAUUAAUUCGUUUAUCAACCAAAUAAUGAUUAAUUUAUGGAAGUAUACAAAUCUAAUGGUAAAGGAUAUAAUUAAAUUAAAAUUAUUGAUUUGAAAUGUGGUAGAACUGAAAAUAUGUGGUAUUUCCCUUCUGUGUUUAUAUUGAAGAAAUAAAUCCUGAUUAAUAAAUAUGAUAAUUAUAUCCAUAUUAUAAAGAAGAAUAUGGCUGGAGAUCUUUAAAUUGAAUAUUCAAUUUAGUUUAAAAAUAAUCUUAUAUAUGGACUUGUCAGCAAUGAUGGAUAAUAUUUAAUCACAUGGGCUGAGUAAAAUUAAUUUAAAAUAAGAAAAUAUUUUCCAUCUGUUGCUUUUUAAUAAUGA